UCCGACUGUGAAACCAAACAUCUACCCGCCGUAUGAUAGCCGAUGGAGACAGGCAGGGGCGAAACGCAUGGAAGACAAGGAAGUAGGCUUCAUAACGAAGCCCAUGAUCGACGAGGACACAGUAUUGGACGACAAACAGCGUUUGCAGACUAUGGCGGAAUUGCCCAAGUUGGGACAAGAGGCAGAACUGGCCUUCCUGGAAAACAGGAGGGCAAGGGAGGAGGCAGAGAAAGUAGCGGGUGAAGAAAAGGGAAGGGAAGGAGGUGAGGGGGAGGGGAGUAGCAACUCCCCAGACAACGGCAAGAGCACUAAGGAGCAGAGUAAUGAGAAGGAGGGAACCAAGGGGGGGAAGGAAGACGGAGGCCCACAGGCGUUCACGAAGAGGAAACUUCAGGACAGGGAAGCGGCGACGUCAACGAGCUCAGGUCAAGAAGCCAAGAGAUCCAACACAGGUGGAGGGGAAGAGGAAGAUCCAGCGUCGCAGGAAAAACAGCAAGGAACGGUUAUGGAGGACGCGACGUCAGAGAAGGGCAAGUCACAGAACGAGCAGAUGGACAUGUCAUCAUCAGCAACGGCAGAAUCUGCAGCAGCUCCAGCAGCGGCAUCAGCAUCAUCGACCCCUCGAAGGAGGGAGGACACGUCAUCAGGUAGCAGCAGCUCAACACACAACCGGCAUAAGGACGGCGGGGGAGAACCAAUGGAAGUUUCAGCAGGAGGCUCACAGGAGGGGGGGAUCAGCGGAUCCGAGGAAAACAUGCAACAGGACACGGAGGAGGAGUCAGAGGAGGACGCAGAGGGGGAAGAAUGGGAGGACGCAGAAGGGGAAGAGCAGCCAGAAACUUUGGCACAAUGGAUCAGAACAGUCCACAAGCUGAGAUGGGAGCGACAUAUCGAGUGUGAGGUUCGCCUGGCACACCACAAGCACCUACGCAACCUGAAACAAGCAACCACAGCAGGGGAAGAUACCAUUUCAACCAAUAGGUUCGAAUGGUUGAAGAAGGAACAGGAGAUCAAUGAGUUCUACGCUGCGCAAUAUGCUUGGAAGGCACGCCCAGACAACAAUGAUCUCACUGUGCACAACGCAAGCUACACCAAGCAAUUCAUAUGGCCCAAAACUUAUCAAUCACAGGGCCUAAAGAGAUCUGAACAGAAAAGAAAAGCACAGCAGGAGACAGCGGGCAAGGCAAGUAACAUGGAGCAGGGAACGGAUGACUCGUCAGAAGAGCUUGAAGAGAGGGAGCAGAUUGAGGAGGAAAGGAGACAGGCAGCAAUCCUGGAAGCUCAAAUCAAUGUUCUCAAGGACCAGAACAGGGAGCUGGGGGGCGACACCACCAAUUUGCAAAAAAUAGCAUAUGCCCCGCACCCUGACAUAAAUGCAGCAGCCAAACUCUUCACAAGGCACAACCCGGGAAGGAGAGUUAUACUGCCAUACCGUUGGAACAGCGGUAAUUCCAACUGGGAGGUAGCUAUCCACCGGUCACUAGCUCUAAUCACAGCAAGAGACAGCCAGUGUACAAGGGCUGGACUCUGGGAACGGAUCACGAAGGACUUGCCAGACAAAGCGCAGCUAUGGGGUAGUACCACAGAGGACCGGGAGGAGUGGGAGGACAAAGCGGGAGGCAAACAGACGUUAGACUACAGACCUAUCGUCUUCGAGCUACAGGAGAGGGCAAAGUUGACAGAGGGACUCAUCUGGAUGCCAUGGCAGGUAGUGGAAACGAUACCUUAUGGCCUCCUGGGCGGCUCAGAAGCAGUUGAGUGGGUUGCAAGGGGAGCAGAGAUUAUCACCAGAUCUGGUGUCUUCACCUGGCUGCCGGAUUACAUAGGGGAAAAAUUGGCUCACAUGGUCGAGGAGGUGGACUGGGCACAAAGGGACCCAUGAGGAGCUCGCCCCCCCAAGAGACUCCUGUAAAAGAUAGACCAGA